AUGGGACAAAAGAAGAGUAAACAGGAAAAAGAAUUAACUCGUUUGUCUGAUGAAGCAAUUCAACGAUUAACAAAAAAUACAACAUAUACAAAACAACAAAUUCACGAUUGGCAUAAAGGAUUUCUUCAUGAUUGUCCUAAUGGCAAACUAGAUAAAAGGAACUUCUUAGAAGUGUACAAAAAAUUUUAUCCUGAAGGUAAAGCUGAAAAUUUUUGUUCACAAGUUUUUAAAGCAUUUGAUUCGGAUAAUAAUGGUUAUAUUGAUUUUGUUGAAUUUCUGCUUGCUGUGAAUAUAACAUCUCAUGGUGAUAUUAAAGAAAAACUUCGAUUAGUUUUUGAUAUGUAUGAUAUGAAUAAAAAUGGAAAGACUAUGGCAUUACAAGCAUGA